GCAAGGUCCAUGCGCGGCGCGGGGCGUGCAGAGCACAUGCGGAGAGAGCAUGCUUGAGUGCAUAAGCGGCGCAGAUCAAUAUGGAGACGUAGCAUUGUAUCCGCCCGCUCCACGUUCCGUUCAUCUUCUUCAGCUGCCCGACCUCACAAACCACUCCUCACGCUUUUUUGUUCAUUGCUUGGUGGUGCACUUCCGUGGCACCGUUGAAGACGCAUUGAGCUGGCGGGACUGUUGCUCCCCGAGCUGACACCAUUCACCAGGUUCGUAUAACACUCAGCAAGAAUGGGCUUCGCACUACAGAAGCCAAAGGAUGAGCCUGGCUCAGCAUGGCCUGCCAUCAUGGUAGGCAUGUUUGCGGCGUUCGGUGGUAUCUUGUACGGCUAUGAUACUGGUACCAUUUCCGGUAUCCAGACCAUGCCAUACUGGAAGCAGGAGUUCGGAGACCCCGGGUCUGGUCGCAUCUCACUCAUCGUGUCGAUUCUGUCAGUCGGUACAUUUGUCGGUGCUCUUGCAGCAGGCCUGCUUGCAGAUAUUACUGGCCGCAAAUGGGGCAUCAUCCUGUCUGCCGCAAUCCCUUUCAACCUCGGUGUCAUUCUGCAGGUCGCGUCAACAUCUCAGCCCACUUUCAUUGCCGGCCGCUUCUUCGCCGGUCUGGGUGUUGGCCUCAUAUCUGUGCAAAUUCCAAUGUACCAGGCAGAGUCACUCCCUAAAUGGAUUCGUGGCUUUGUCAUCGGAGCGUACCAAUUGGCUAUCACCAUUGGCCUGCUUUUGGCAGCUCUUGUAAACUAUGGCACCCAGAAUCGCACGGACAGCGGAUCUUACCGUAUCCCGCUUGCUAUUCAGUUUGCAUGGAGUCUGAUACUCUGUUUCGGCAUGCUUGCGCUGCCAGAGACGCCACGCUACUUGAUCAAGAUGGGCAGGGACGAGAAGGCAAUGAAAUCGCUCAAGUACCUACGCCGUCUGCCAUUGGAACAUCCAGCGCUCAUUAGCGAAUUUGAGGAGAUCCACGGCAACUGGGAGUACGAGAACUCGCUCGGGAAGGCUAGCUACAUCGACUGCUUCAGGGGUAACAUCGGCAAACGCACCCUUACCGGUGUUGUUCUGCAAGCUCUUCAGCAGCUUGUUGGUGUUAACUUCAUCUUCUACUACGGUACGAGCUACUUCGCGAGCUCGCCGGGCUCUGGACUUCCGAAUGCAUUCAUCUUGCAGGUCAUCACCAACGUCAUCAAUGUGCUCUGUACUUUCCCCGGCCUCUACGCAAUCGACAGGUUCGGCCGCCGCUUCGUCUUGCUUACCGGCGCUAUUGGCAUGGGGGUGACCCAAUACAUUGUUGCCGCCUGCGGAGUUGCAACGCCAAUAACGAACCAGGCGUCGGCGGCGGCGCAGUUCGCAUUUAUCUGCUUCUACAUCUUCUUCUUCGCAUCGACAUUCGGCCCUGGUGCUUGGGUGGUAACCGGCGAGAUCUUCCCAUUGAAGGUUCGAGCGAAGUGUCUCAGUAUGACAACGGCUGGAAACUGGUUCUUCAACUGGCUUCUUGCUUUCAUCACGCCGUAUCUUGAGGGUGCAAACUACGCUAACCUCGGCUCUAAUGUGUUCUGGAUAUGGGGCGGAUUUUGUUGGAUCGCUGCUGCCUGGAUCUACUUCAUGGUCUACGAGACAAAGGACAUGACUUUGGAGCAGGUCAAUGAGCUCUAUGAGAAUGUCAAGUUUGCCCCGAAGAGUCCCGGCUACCAUGCCGCAGUCCGACGCUUUUCCGUAGCUGGCGGCGACAACAGUAACGAGGCGCGACCGUAUGCAGGCGAGUUUGACGACAAGAAGGACGACUCCUUUGUUGAGAAGAAUGACGUUGCCUAAGGGGCUGCCCAAGGCAUGGACGGACCGUCACAGGCCAGCGACAGCCUCAAAUUAUAAUUCAAUGUUCCGCCAGUCGCUGUAUUUUAGAUCAGGACACCAAGUGUUCAAUGUAACAAGAGGAUCA